GGAACAAAAUUGCAGGUUGCAUUUUCGAGCUUGGAGCAUCUAACAAUAAUUAGCAUGAGUAACUUGGAAAGGAUAUGGCACAACCAACUCGCUGGAGGUUCCUUUUGCAUGCUAAAUUCAAUGAUAGUAGAAGAUUGUGAAAACUUGCACACUCUUUUUCCAUCAAAUGACUUAAGAAGAUUUCAGAAAUUGGAGCGGUUAGAUUUAACGAGUUGUGAUUCACUAGAAGAGAUAUAUCAACUCCCAGAAUUCAAUGCUGAAGAUGAAAGUUUUGCAAUAGAUUUGAAUUUAAGGUUUAUGAAAAUUCGUUAUCUGAAAAAUUUGAAAAAUCUCUUUCUUGCUUCCGUAGCACAAAACCUUUUACUACUUGAAAAGCUUAGUGUAUACUCUUGUGGGGUGAAGGCGAUUGUUGCAAAGGCAGAAGGUGCAAAAGCAGCCCCUUCUUUUGUGUUCUCAAAACUGCUCUCCUUGGAUCUCACAAAUCUACAAGAUAUUAGGAGAUUUUAUCCAGGAAUACAUAGCUUGAAAUUUCCAAGGUUAAAAGAUUUGAAGGUGCAUCAUUGUGGAAAUGGAAUGGAGUUUUGUUCAGAAUUGUUUAGUUUACAGGGAAAACAUGGAGAGGAACAACAUCACAUCACUAUCCAACAACCAUUACACUUGGAGAAAAAGGUUUUCCCCAAUUUGGAGCUGUUGUCAUUAGAUGGUCAGAUGAUUGAGAUGAUUUUGCGAUGCCAAUUGCCAAAAGGUUUCCUUUCCAAAGUAAAUUCCGUUGAACUGAUUCGAGAGAAAUCAAAUGUUGAUCUUUUUGGAUUCCUUCAAAGAUUACCCAAUCUGGAAACUGUAUUUGUCGAUGAUUCUUUUCUCCAAGAGUUUGUACUCCAAUGCGAAGAUAAUGAUGGCGCUAUGCUACCACGGGUUAGAAAUUUGAAAUUGAGGAGGCUUCAUUAUAUAAAGCAUAUCUGGAAGCCACACCCCCAAAUGGACCUUGUUCUUCAAAAUCUCCAGACUAUGGAUGUAUUUCAUUGUUAUAAUUUGGUCAGUUUAGCACCAUCCUCUGCCUCUUUCCAAAACCUAACUACUCUAAAAGUUGAAUCUUGCAAAGUAUUGAAACAUUUGGUAACACCAUCAGCAGCCAAAAGUAUGGUGCAACUUGUGACAAUGGGGAUUAGAGAUUGCGAAAUGUUGACCGAAAUAGUAGUCGAUGAACAAAAUGGAACACCAGAAGAGAUCGAAUUCGGCAAAUUGAAAACUUUGCAGCUCAUUAAUUUAGAAAGCCUCACAAGCUUUUGCUUCGGUGGUUUUACAUUCAAAUUCCCAUGUUUGGAAGUAGUAACUGUGGAAAGAUGCCCCAAUAUGAGGACAUUCUCUGCUGGAGUGUUGAGCACACCAAAGCUGCAGUGUGUAAAAUUGAGAGAAUUUCAUUUUCAGAAAUGGCUUUGGGAGGGCGACCUUAAUACCACCAUACGGCAGUUUUAUACGGAAAUGGAUGGAUUCAAUGGCAUUAAGAAAGUUAAACUCUCUAAAUUUCCCCAGAUAAAGGAAAAAUGGCACACCCAACUUCCUAUGAAGCUCCUAGACGGGUUAAGUGAAUUGGUGGUGGACAACUGUGAGUAUUUCUCGAAAGCCUUAUCAUCAAAUCAACUCCAGUUCUUGAACCGUUUGGAGGUGCUGAUUGUAGAAAAAUGCAAUUCCCUAGAAGAAAUAUUUGAUUUGGAAGGGAUGAAUGCUGUUGAAAGGCAUGAUAAGUUGAUGUGGCAGUUAAAGGAAUUGCAAUUAAUUGAUCUGCCAAAGUUGAGGUGUAUAUGGAACAAGGAUCCUCAAGGAAUUUUGGAUUUUAAAUACCUAAGACUGCUGAAUGACAAUCAUUUUCUUAAAAGAUUAAUAGAAAAGAUUAAUCUUUGA